AUGGUUGAUCUCAGAGGUCAUGAAAUUCACACAUCGAAUCUAAACAACAUUAGUACAACAGUAACGUCCACAGUUAACGGAGGUUUAGUUACAAACUCUUUCACUCUAGGUAACAGUAAUAUGUCAACUUACAGAUCGAGUAAUAAUGAUAAAGAAGACGAUGCGGAAGAAGAAGAAGAAGACGAUGAAGAGGAAACUAAACUGAAGGUGAAAAAGGAAGAUAAAGUGAGAAAAACUCACACUGAUAGAAAGAUACUGACCAAGGAAAAACGUGAUCAUGAAGAUAAUGCUCAUCUAAAAGAUGAAUUCAUCCCUCAAAAUUAUGAUGAAUAUAACUUUAAAAGUGGAAUAGAUUAUCAAAAAUUAAAUUCAUUGAAAAAAUUUCAAUCUUCUAACAAUCCUAUAAAUUCAACGAAAAAAUUGAUAAUGUAUAAAACAGAAAAUGAGAAUGAUUUAGACAUUUCCAAGGAUGCAUCAAUGCGUAGUCUAGCCAAGCGUACACUUACUAUCGGUGUUCCAGGAUUACGUCCAUCAAGUCAUAAAACAUUAUUCAUCUUCUCUGAAGAAAAUGCUAUCAGAAAAUAUUCAAAAAUUAUAAUUGAGUGGGGAUAUCCUUUUUAG